AUGCCGUCUCCUCAACGCCAGCCUCAACAUUUCACUCCCACUCAAACAUGCAGCUUCUGCGAUAUAUGCCCGAUCCAAGGAGAAUGGUUGGCCUAUCACGUUUGGUACAGAUUUGCCCUCCAGGGCAUCCGGCUGGACGUUCUCCGGCCGAAUUCGGGCCAACAGAAAGUUCCACCAGGCGGCAACCCCAGGUCGAAGUUAGUCCAGGGAACAUAUACAGGAGAUGUCGAGGAUAUGAACAACCUAUCUUGGUUGACGCGAGCCGGAUUGACUGCCACCAUGGAGUAG